ACCUUUAUAAAUGGCUGUCUCCGAGUCUUCUCUCUCUGCCCUUUCCUAUUAACAGGAAGCACAGAAAGAGAGAAGAGCGAGAAAGAGCCAGAGAGAGAGAGAGGAGCGAGAGAGAUAAAGAGGGAGAAGGUGUUGAGGCAGAAUCAAAGACAAAAUCCUUCUCGCGCUCUCUAGGGUUUCCCCAAUACCCAAAACCCUAGCCCAUACCUCUCUUCCGUUUUUCUCUCCCAGCUUCCUCUCCCCUGCCACCCCUGCAAAUCAAAAGGGAAUUCAUUACAUAUCUCGAGGCUUUUUCUUCUUUUCGCGCGAAUUCGGUUGUCCUUGAGUUAACGCCAUGGUUUUCUGGGUUUUUGGCUAUGGGUCCCUGGUAUGGAACCCAGGAUUUCAAUUUGACGAGAAAGUGAUUGGCUUCAUUAAAGGUUACCGGCGUGUUUUUGAUCUAGCAUGCAUUGACCACAGGGGUACACCAGAAAACCCUGCAAGAACUUGUACCUUGGAGCAGGAUGAAGGAGCCAUAUGCUGGGGUGCUGCUUAUUGUAUACGAGGAGGCCCUGAGAAGGAGCAAUUAGCUAUGGAGUAUUUGGAGCGGAGAGAAUGUGAGUACGAUCAUAAGACACUAGUGGAUUUCUACACGGAAGGGGACACCUUAAAGCCUUCGGUAACAGGAGUGAUAGUUUUCACAUCCACUCCAGACAAGGAAUCAAACAAGUACUACUUAGGCCCUGCACCAUUGGAGGACAUGGCCAGGCAAAUUGCAACUGCAUUUGGUCCCUGUGGAAACAACAGAGACUAUAUUUUCUUGUUAGAGAAGGCUAUGUUUGAUAUUGGCCAUGAGGAUGACAUGGUGAUAGAGCUGGCAAAUGAAGUGAGGAAGGUACUUGGAGACUUGGGCAUAGGGAUUUCGAAGGAGAAGAUCUUGACUGGACCAUUGCAGGUUCCACUUAUGACUAAUAUCCCACCUCUUCAACUGCGGCCACUUCCUGAAGCCAUUGCUGCCUUGGAGUCCUAAGAGGAAUAAUGGAUUGAAAAAAGCAAGGUCUCUAACCAGAACAUCUCUCAUUUCUCAGCGUCUUUGACCUUUUCUUCUGUAUGGGAUGUUGGUUCUUAGUAGUCUCACUCUUAGCAUUCAUUAGCUGUGACUUUCUUGGUUCUUUUACUUUAGAUCAGGGUUGGUUAAAUUCCAACAUUUGGUUUGGACUUGGGGAGAGAAUGUGACUGACAACUAUCCGCACUGGAUGUAACUUUGCAAUAUUUACUGAACAAAGAUACAAGAGAAUUAUUGGCGGCUACUAGCAAAUUACAGAGCACUGAUUUCUUCGGGAA